CCAAACAGCCUCAUUAUGGAAAUCCCUGCCAUAAAUCUAAAGGCCAUAGUACUGGUUCACUGGCUGCUUACAGUAUGGGGAUGCAUGGCGUGGUUGCCCCCCUCCUUUGCUUGGGGGAACUUCACUGUUUUAGCCAUCGGGGUCUGGGCCAUUGCACAGAGGGACUCGAUCGAUGCCGUGCUCAUGUAUCUCAUGGGAAUGACCGUGACGAUAUUGACAGACAUCAUUCAUUUUGGGAUCUAUUACCCGUUGAAUGACUAUGCAGAGAGGGGACGUGAUGUGUUUCGCUUCAGUGCAGGGAUGGCCAUCCUCAGUCUUCUGCUCAAACCUGCCUCCUGCUUCUUUGUCUACCAAAUGUAUCGGGAACGUGGAGGAGAUUACAACGUCAACUUUGGUUUCCCCUCUGUGGCACGAAACAGAGAGGCCUACCAGUCCAUUGACCAGCAGGAUGAGUCUUCCAGUCCAGCAAACCCCUUCAACCAGGCCCAGGACAGCAAACCAGUCCGCACUUACUGAGAGAGCCAGGCGGUGAACAAUGCAGUGUUUUCCUCUGACUUUUUAUGCAGCAGUACAGUGCUUAGGGGCAAUUUUAAAAUCAAUUUCACAUCGCUCCUUGUGUUUUGUACAGUUAGUUUGCUGCAAAUUGCAGCACUGAAAACAAAUUGAACAGUAUUAUGAUGGUAAAUCACAAACUCUGUUUGGCUUUUUAGAGUGAAAUGUGGUGUAAUCAAAUCUAUUUUAAUGCCAUAUUUGCUCCAAAGGUGGCAACAUUUUUUGCUGAGCUGGCACAUCACUGCUGAAUAAAUACAGAGGAAAUGCUGUUCUACCACUCCAUGCUGUGUUACUGUUGUCGCCACCUACUAUUUUUAGUAGAGAGGUGUUGAAUGGAACUGUUGUUUCUAUGGCAGUUUUGUCAGUUUAUGUUUUUCCAAGUUAGUCAUUUUACAAAUGUGUCACUUACAGACAUGAAGAGUUUUGUCCCUUUCUCUUUGUGUUCUGUAAAGCUACUUGCUCCUUGUAUGUAAUUAUUAGUUUCCAAUUAGUUUUUGCUUUAAGGCACUGUAAUGCUUAAAGCACAGGUCAGUUUUAUACACAAGAGAACUGAAAGGAAUGUCAGUGUCAUGCUGUAGACGCUACUUUGUGUCUUUGUACGUUUUCAUCUUAUUAGAGCUGUGAAAUCUUUUGACUGAGUUGAAAACAUUAUGACCAAAAUCAAGCAAGAACUUUAUGGUACCUUUUAUAGCUUGAUGUUGAUCUAUGCAAAGUAAUUAUUAAGAUGACUGUUACAUCUGGCACUGAUCCAGUAAAGAGCAAUUCAUUGUGUAGAUAAAAUUAUUUUCUCUCAAUUAAAGCCAUUUUAAAUUUGUCAUUUUUAUACUUAUUGUCAAUUUAAGAGAAGGGCCUAUAGGCUGUCAUAAAUACAUAAUGUUCCUACUGUAAAACCUGUUUAAAUAAAUAGACAGACCACAUGUUGUAGCUGUCGAACUGCUCCUACUGUAUAAAGACAGGGGACA